UCAAUUCAUUCAUUCCCUCAUUCUCUGCACCCAACCGUCCUCGUGCGACGCCGACGCUCUUUACCGACCCAGGUUGUCAUCCCAACUCACCGGCCCUCUUUCUCAGUUCCGUUACUUCUCACGCUCUUUUUCCCUCCUCGACGAGGCACCACCGUUGCACCGUCUUUCCCCCAGCCGUCGGGUGUUUCGUGACGCCAUCGCCAAGUUUUUGCCAAGGCAACCCGCGCCUCCGAACGCAGCACUUGCAAGACAAAUUGGUUCCCGUUUGCGCCCGCCACAAUGCGUCCCACCACAGCUCUUGCCGUUGCCGGCACCCUCGCCGCCGGCGCCUCGGCCGAGAACUACCUCGGCUUCAACUCCGGAUCGACCCUUGCCGACCGCUCCGCCAAGUUCAAGGCCGACUUCGAGCAAGAGAUGAAGACGGCGCAGAAUCUGGUGAACGCGCCGGGCAAGUUCAACGCCGUGCGUCUGUACACCAACAUCCAGGCCUACUCGAAGGACGAUCCGAUCCAGGCCUUCGAUGCCGCCGUCGACACCAACACGAAGCUGCUCCUGGGCAUCUGGGCGUCGGGCACCGACAGCAUCGACAACGAGCUCAACGCCCUCAAGAAGGCUGUCGACACGUUCGGCUCGAAGCUCACCGACCUCGUCAUCGGCAUGUCGAUCGGUAGCGAGGAUCUCUACCGUAUCUCGGCGACCGGCAUCGCGAAUAAGGCUGGUGUCGGCGCCGGGCCGGAUGUGGUGGUCAAGUUCAUCAACCAGUUCAAGACGACGUUUGCCAACACCGCGCUUGCGAAGGUCCCCAUUGGGCACGUCGACACGUGGGACGCCUGGACGAACAGCUCGAACAAGGCGGUCCUCGAUGCCGUGGACUGGGUCGGUGUGGACGAGUACCCCUACUACGAGAACGGCAAAGGCAACAACAUCAAGAACUCGGGCACCCUCUUUGACCGCGCCUUUGAUGCCGUGUCGGCGGUCGUCGGCAACAAGCCCAUCUGGGUCACCGAGACGGGCUGGCCGACCACGGGCCCGAACUGGGACCAGGCCGUGCCCAGCGUGCAGAACGCCAAGUACUACUGGGACGAGGUCGGCUGCCGCAAGCUCUUCAACAAGGUGCCCACCUUCUGGUACAACCUGCGCGACUCGAACCCGGACAACACGAUGAAGUUCGCCAUCACGGCCAACCUGUCGACCACGCCGCUGUUCGACCUGACCUGCCCGACCCACUUCGACACGCCGAGCACCACCUCCUCCUCCACCAACAGCUCGUCGCCCUCUGCCACCGGCUCCGCCACCGGCGUUUCCGCGCCCGGCAGCAGCGCCACGGGCACGACCGGCUCCAGCACAUCUGGCAACAACGCUAGCGCCGCUGGCAGCUCUGCCGGCGCCUCGUCGCUGUCGCCGAGCCAGAGCGGCGCCCAGCUGGGCAAGACCCUCUCGACGGCGGUUGCUGCCGGCCUGGCCCUCGUUGCCGGCGUCUUUGCCCUCCUCUAAGCAGUGUAGACGCACCCAUCUCCAUGGCGGUGGUGGACGCAGCUUGCAUAUUGUCAAACACGCAUACUACUCGUUGGGUAUCCCGGAUGCCUUCUGGCGGACUUGUCGAGCGUCGUGACUUUUCCCUUGUUUUGUCCUUUCUCCUUUCGUUGUUGCGGGCUGCGUCCUGACAGGCUGGAUCUGGAAGUUAAUGCCGUGUAUGGGUACUAUUAGACAACAGGACACACAUAGAUACUGGCGAAUUCUCAUUUGGCUUUGGUAUUUGAAAAAAAAAAAAAAAAAAAAAAAAAAAAAA